AUAUAUUAUAUAUCAUACAUAUAUAUAUUUAUAUUUUUUUUUUUUUUUCCUUUCUGGGCUGAAAAAUCUUUCAACAUACAUUCAUCUAUAUAUAUAUAUACAUAUAUAUACAUAUACACACCUAUUACCUUAACCCUUUGAGCCCUGGCCUCCUGAACCUUAUUUGACCUUAUACCUGACUUCCAGAUGCACUCCACCGGUAGAGCGGUGGUGCUGUAUAGAGCAAAGUAAGCCAUCCACCGGUAAACCAGUGUUUCAGGGUCAAAGGGUUAACUCUUUCUGCAAUUGCUUUUCAAACUUUAUUGGCUUCCACUUCAUAAAUUUGGUCAGAUUACAUAAACAGAAAUAUAUAUAUAUAUACACACACACACACACACACACACACACACAUGCGCACAUAUAUUUUUAUAGACUAUGUAAACUAUAACUCUGACUGCCACCCAUUCUCCUUUGACAAAAGUAGAGGAGUGGGAGUUUAGGGUCACUGAGGUGGGUUUUGAAUUGCACUAACAUGAUACCCCCUUUUCUUCCCUCUGAUCUUGAUACCCUAUUUUGUUUUGUCUGGCCCUUUUAAACAGUUUGCCUCCAAAUAACCCCUGAGAGCAAUCAGGGUGCUGUCUGUAUCUGAUAACAGGCUAAGGGUACAUUUGGAUACAAUCUCAUAAAGAACAUUCCUGUAAGCAGUAAUCUGCCUAAACUAAACACACACACACACACACAUUUGUGGCUAUAUAAAUAUAUAUAUAUAUAUAUAUAUUCGUUCUUCACUGCUGGGUCUUGGAGUAAAAAGAUGGAGAGUUUACUCCGUGCUGUACUGACCUCCCCUCCAGACCUUCCUUUGCCAACCAAAGUCGACAAUGUCCAGCAGAAUAUACCCACUCGGGCCACUAGUCCAUAUUUACAUGCGGCAUUGACAACCACUCUUGAACAAAGUCACGCUCAAGGUGCCGCUGAGCAGGCCACAGUGUCCCCUACUGCUGUCGUCAGCAGUGGCGAGGCCCUGGGAGAACAUGAACCAAAGCAAAAGGCAGGGGACAGGGUCGGGACAGUUGGAAUUUGCAGCAACAGUGGAAUUGACAGUAAGAAGCCAUCAUCUCUGAUCUCAAACAGGCACAGUAAACUCUUGGAAGCUUUGACAUCAGAUUUCCGACUCUCCACCAGUCGCCUGCGAGCGGCCUUAACCACCCCAUUGCUGUCACCUCUACCGUCAUCGUUAAUGACAACAGCACCUCCAGUGCCGCAACCACCAUUAACAACUAAUUCACUGGUUAGUUCAGCGGACCCUAACACACAAUCAAAUGCUGCACCCUACAAAAGUAAGUUAUUUUUGGCCCUUACAUCCCCUCUGGAACAUUGGGACAAAGACUCGGCUUGUUCAAAAGAACCAAAUUCUGUCUCCGACUCAAACAAGACCCCUUGCCCCGGAAAGACAAGUGAUUGGACAGUCGCAACUGCCACCAAGGCAGUAAGAAAGACAAUCAAGCAAGAAGAUGCAACAGAAAGACUCGAUGCAUCACCAGCAGAGAUUGAACCUAAAAACACCACCACCGCUGUAGCCACAGGGUGGUGGCAGAGUUACCAGCAUAGAAGUCCUGGUGAUGCCAUCAAAUCAGAGCUUCCAGUACCUACUGAGUGUUUAUCAUCCUCAUUUCAACCACCAAGCAAAAAUCAUGCUACUCCAUACCAUUCUGAGUUGCACGACGCUGUCUUCCAUGAAAGUGCUGAAUGCACCAAGAGUCGGAGUGCACUUCUUGACAGAUUGCAAGCAGCUCCGGUGUGUUCUUUUGUAGAUUCACACCAUGAAAGCAAGAAACGAGAAAUGCAGUCACGUUCUUUAGGGAGUGGUGAACACUUCCAGUUUUCUCCUGAAACGGCAAAGGGUUUUGAUCAGAAGAUCAAAACAGAAAGUACCACAUUUGGUAUUGAUCAGUCUAGUCUUGAGCACAAGCAGAACCCAACUUGUGCUGUCGAAUCCCUUCCCAAUGUUACUCAAGUCAGUCAUAAACUUGAUAGAAACUCAGUAGUUUGUAUCGACAUCUCUGAAGAAAGACGACUUUGUAAGGAAGAAUUUGAUCCCCACAACACAAAGAACCUUGUCAGCAUUGGAAAUACAGAACAGAGUGGAACGUCUACAGAUUGUGUUGCUGUGUCUGUAGAAAGACAACUCAGUAAAGAAGAAGAAGUUAUUCCACAAAAUGAAAAGAACGUUGUUAAAAUUGGCCCCAAGAUGAAGCGUAUGCACUUCCGAAAGAAACUGCUCACUCGAUCAAAGAGUCCCUCAAGGCCGUCUGGCAUUUCUGUUGCCAAAAAGCGCAAGUUCCUGGAUCAUUGCAAAAGCAGGCUUGAAAAUUCCGACCCUACUUUUUCUAUGGAUUCUUCACCAUCACUUCUUGAACACUUGGUGUGUAAAAAGCAGAAGGUGGAAAACAUAACAAAGCAAAAUCUUGAGAAAGAUGAAGGAUCUAAUUCUAACUUUGACAAUCAAAUAAUCACAGACAAUUCUUCAGGUGAGUCACUGGAAAAUUCAGUCUCUGAUUCCAUAAAGGAUGAUGACAAUUACAUUAAUGGUGAUGGGGUUUCAUCUUGUUUGACAUUACAGGAAAAUCUCCCUGAAAACUUUAGCGAAUGCCAAAGAGAAUAUAUAUUGCAAUCCACAAUCAAGGGGCCCAAGUCAGAUGUAAAAGCCAGUUGUGACUCUAAAUUAGGUUCGGCAAGGAAUUCUUCCCCUUCAAGACCACCUUGGAAGAAGAAUACGGGUUAUACUAAUAACAGUCCAGCUACAAAAUCUCAGAUACUUCGGGAAGCUUUGACUUCUGCGCCAAUGUCUUUGCAUAAACCAAGUUUAGGGUUGGUGCCAGUCCCUGAAUUCGAGAAGAUGAAUGGUAUGACAACAGAUUUGUGUGACCCUGUCGCAAAUAAUCACUCAAGCGGCCAGGACCCAUUGACCAAAGAGCAGGAGCAGGAUCAGAACAAACAGACGGAUGCUUGUAAAAUGCCAAACGCAACACCGUCAGCAUCAGAAAAAUCCUGUAAGCCAUCUGGCAACACAAAACACUCUUCACAGCUCUUGUUAGCAGCUCUUACAGCUGCAGAUGACUUGAGGAAAACACCAGUUUCAAAACCCAUCACAAGACAGACAAAUUCCGAAAUACUGAGAGCAGCAUUGGACAGUUCUGAAAGGGCUGAUUCCUUAAACUAUCACAGCAAACAUUCACAAUUACUGCGUGCAGCUCUCAUUGCUGUCGACACUAAUAAGGCUAUUAAGGAGAAGACGCAUGAAAUUGGCCCCAAAAACUCCAACUCACGCUUAUUGCGUGCUGUGUUGACCGGCAAGUACAGUCCUGAAGCAGACAGGUUUUGUCACUCGAAAACCUCGUCAAACCCCCCUUUACCUUCAUCUCGGCAUCUGUCUGUUGCUUCUGUGCCUCUCACAGGAAACAAGAACACACCUGUAAUCAAGCAUGUAUCACAAGACACCACAAAGUCGUCUGUCAACACUGGUAGUUCUCGGGCCAGUGGUCACUCUAUAUUACGAGCUGUUCUCACAGGUGCUCUCGACGUGCCCCAGCGAUCUGUAACAAACAGCUCCAAGGGCUCUGCACCACAGGUACGACGACAAUCAAGGAGAAGGAGAAGGAGGAGCGAACUGGACUUAAAGCCAAACCACAGCGGAUAUUUCCGCAACAGCGACUGCGACAAGGGCCAAACGAUGGAGCUGACUUCUGCUGCAAAUGUUAACGAUGAUCCUCAGACAAUAGACAUCACCAUGGAAACUGAACAGCCAAAGGAAUCGACCAAUAAUGAAGCCAAUUACAAAACCGAGCAACUCCAAAAUGCUGAGGGCUGUGUUAGACAGCGUCGAAAGACGGGCGAUGAAUGCAUCUACUGCGGUCGGGUGCACUCGAGCGAUGACACCCUCUGGUUGUACACAAGUUUGUUUGCCAGCAAGAAGCAGCAUCACCUCUGUCACGUGUGUCGUCAGACUUUUAGCAUCACGUGCCUCUUUCUGCAGCAUGUGGAACAGCAUCAUGACGCUCAGACGAAGUAUCGAUGUGAAUUCUGUGGCCGCUAUUUCGUUCAUGUUCUCUCCUACAUCAUGUGCCGGCUGUCGCACAUGGACGCACAGACGGAGAAGGGCGACGCCGGUAAUGACAAUGACAGGCCAUUGGAGUGCCAGGUAAAACAUGAGAACAAUCUUGAUGUCCAGCAGGACAGCAAGGACAACGACAACAAGAGCAACAACAACAAUAAUGAUGACGAUGAUAAAAUUAAUUGUUUUUAUAUUCCUGCCAAAAACACUAAUUACAAAGAUGAUAAUGAUGAUAAUGACAAGAAGACUGAAGAUGGUGUCAGGGCAGAUGGAUGUUGUCGGAGGGAAUCUGGAGAUUCUAAGCUCUGCAAAAAUGGUCUCUUCCAGCACCGUAUGAACUGCUGCCUUCGUGAGACCAAUGCUACUGAUGCUGCUAUUGAUGAAGAUGAGUGUACGAGAGCAGAUGCCUCUAGUGAAGAGCGUACAGGAAACUGUAGAUGGCAUUGUGAACUACACCGUCUCCAUGACCAAAUACCCAACACCCCGACCACCAAAGACUGCCAUGUCGACAACAGUAACAGCAACAACAAUAACAACUGUUGCAAUGAUGAAAAAGCGUUUCAAUGCACAGCAUGCACCAAAUGGUUUUUGACCAGGAAGGAACUGUGCACUCACAGGCAGCUGCACUUAGACAUUCCAGCUGGUGAGCGGCGUCACCAUCAGGAGAGGAAACGCACAUCGGAUUUCCAAGACGACCCGGAUGCACACCAGUGUUCUGCACCUGUUUUGACAAAUAUGCAUCUUGGCUGCAACUCUUGCGGUGCACUGCAGCAAAGCAGGCAAAAAUACAGGACACCUUGUUUGUGGAAUAACUGCUCUGGAGACACGGCUGUACAACUGCAUUCGGACAGUCGCUGCCUGCAAUUGGUCAAAGACUAGGAGAGUGACCAAAUAGGUAUUCAUGCUACACAUGCACCCAUAAACACAUGCACACAUAAACACACUAAUAUAUGUGUCCUGGCUCUUACAUGUGCUGCAGUGGUUUGCAUGUAUACACCACAUUCCUGUUGCAUACAUGCAUACUGCAGCAAGCUGGCAGAGUUGUUAGCACACCAAGCAAAAUGCUAAGUGACAUUUCGUCCAUCUUUAAAUUCUGGGUUCAAAUUCCACCAAGGUGGACUUUGC